CGUCAGACCGAGCAGGGAGCUGUGUUACCACAGAGAGAGGAAGAGAGAGGGUUGGAAAGCAAGAGUGAAAGAGAGAGGGGGGAGACAGAGAGGGGCAAAGAAUAGAAAGAGCAUUGUGUUUCUGCUGAGAAAGAACCCAUGUCUGCACAAAGAGAGAUGAAAGAGAAGAACCCCUGGCACACACCGGUGACCAUCAUCAUCACUGUGAUUGGUGUCAUAGCGAUUGUUGCCUUGGUGACAGUUGCAGUUUUGCAGAACAGGCCUGUCUACCAAAAGUACAAGUAUGGGAUCGUGCUGGAUGCUGGCUCUUCCCACACAGCUCUUUAUAUAUACAAGUGGCCAGCAGAGAAGGAUAACAACACUGGAAGAGUUGAACAGAAACAUUCCUGUAAAGUACAAGGUAAAGGCAUCUCAAGCUAUGCAGAUACACCAUCAAAGGCAGGAGAGUCACUGAGAGACUGCAUGCAGGAGGCUGAGAAGGAGGUACCCAGAAAAAGACACCGUGAGACCCCCCUCUAUCUGGGAGCUACUGCAGGAAUGAGAUUACUGAAUUUGGAGAACAGCUUGGCAUCGGACAAGGUGUUUCAGUCUGUGGAGGAAACCCUGCAAAAGUUCCCAUUUUCCUAUCAGGGAGCAAGAAUAUUAAGUGGGCAGGAAGAGGGUUCCUUUGGCUGGAUAACAGUCAACUACUUAAGUGAUCGACUUCAACAGGGUUUAGAAACCAUGGGGGCUCUUGACCUUGGUGGGGCAUCAACUCAAAUUAGCUUUGUAUCUGAUAAUUAUGAUGGAUCAGAGUCACCCAUCAACUCUGUGAACUUCAGGCUUUAUGGAAAUGACUACAACCUGUAUACUCACAGCUUCCUGUGUUACGGGAAAGAUCAAGCGCUACUUAUGGCACUGGCACACCAGACACAGUCAGGUCCGACAACAAUAUCAGAUCCCUGUUCCCACCCUGGCUACUCUGAGACAAAGAACUACUCUGUCCUCUAUGACAGCCCCUGUGUGUCAGACCGGAAACCUCAGGGAGCUCCUGCAACAUUCACUCACUCGGGGAAAGGAAACUUCGAACAAUGCCAGGAAGUUGUCAAAAGCGUAUUUAACUUUACUUCCUGCAAAUACAGCCAGUGCUCCUUCAAUGGGAUUUUCCAGCCUCCUAUACAAGGGAUAUUUGGGGCUUUUUCUGCUUACUACUUUGUAAUGGACUUCCUCAAUCUGACAGAUACAUCAGUACCUCUAGAGAGGGUGAGGGAAAACUUGAUCCGCUACUGUGCCACCCCUUGGGAUCAGAUACAGCAGCAGCAUCCUGAUGUAAAAGUGAAAUAUCUGGCUGAGUACUGCUUCUCUGGCACAUACAUUCUCACCCUGCUGACAGAUGGAUACAACUUCACCUCAGAGAGCUACUCCAAAAUAAACUUCAUCAAGAAGAUAAAAGACAGUGAUGCAGGCUGGACUUUAGGCUACAUGCUGAAUUUGACCAACAUGAUUCCAGCUGAGGCUCCAGAUUCACCCCUUCUACCAUAUCCCGGCUACGUCACUGUAGUCACUGUCAUUGCAGUAUUAAUCUUAAUCCUUUUCAUCAUCAGCCUGCGUCCUAUCUGGCCCACUUGUUCCAACCAGCCACAGAUUGUAUGAACACACAGCUGUACACUGUGUAUGCAUGAGAUAUGUGCAAUGGAGUGUCUGUCAAGGUUUUUGAGUGAGUGUGAGUGUGUGUUGGUGUAUGUCACUUCCCCAGUUUGUGUGGAGGUCAAAGGUCAGCUCAAGCUGCCAGAUGCAGUCCUGGAGCUCAUACAGAUUCAAGGACUUUUCAGAAGGACAAAUCCUUUCUCUCACUGAGGAGUGAGAUCCACAUUCCUGGUUAAAGGAUUUUUUUCUGCAACUGAAUGUUUGCAUACGUGUGUAUUUGAGUAUGAAUGUGUGAAUUUGAAUGCAUGCCUGAGUGUGUACGUGAAUCCACACCUGUUUGCAUGUCUCUUGAAUCAUGAUGUGAAUGUGUAACUGUAUAAAUAAAACAACCCAGGUUU